AUGACACACUUCUUCCACGACGAGUUCUGCUCUGUCUACUUGGAAGGCACCAAGCCAAUCGUUAACGGCGAUGAUGCAGCAGCCAAGGAAGUUGUCGCAGCUGUAUUGUACGAGUGCAUUGAGUCAACAAUGAGAAUGCUCCAUCCAUUCAUGCCAUACGUCACUGAAGAGUUGUGGCAGCACUUACCAAGAAGAUUCAACGUCGAAUCAAUCAUGUUGGCUCCUUAUCCAUUAGUUAACGAGGAGUGGCUCAACUACGAUGUCUCCAUUGUUGACACUGCUUUCGCUACAGCUUCUGCUGCUAGAUCUAUCAAGAAGCAGUACAACAUCAACAACAAUAACUUGGAGGCAAUCAUCGUUACUUCUCAGGAUGAAAUCAAGCCAACAAUUCCAUUCAUCUCAGCUAUUGGCGGACUUGGAAAGGUCGACGUUGUUGCUCCAGGAACACAGAUCGCUGCUGGUUACGCUUCCUCUGUUGUUACAGAGACAGUUGAGCUGAGAAUCAACUUGAAGGGUGUCGUAGAUUUCGAGAAGGAACUCGAGAGAUUGGAGAAGAAGUUAGGCCCAUUACAACAACAGUUCCAGAAAUACGAAGAAAAGAUUUCUAAUCCUAACUACGCUACAAAGGUUAAACCAGAAGUCCAGGAACUCGAGAGAUCUAAGAUGGAAGCACUAAAGGUUCAGAUCGAAGCUAUCAACAAGAACAUCCAGGAAGUUAAGCAGUUAAUCGCUUAA